UGCACCAUGUCAGCCGGACCCGAGUGCUUCGACCCCGGCGCUGCCAGGGGCUCCCCUGAGCUGGAAGAGAUGGAAGUGCUGCAGCAGGCCGUGGUGGAUGAGCUGGGCAUCUCCAUGGAGGACCUGCGGCUGGUCAUCGACGAGGAGCUGGAGAAGAUGGAGUGGGUGCAGCGGCGCAAGAAGCAGCUGGAGGAGCUGGAGAUGUGGGUCAUCCAGAAGGAGAUGGAAGUGGCCCGGGUGGACCGGCUCUUCGACGACGCCUCCGAGGCCGUGAUCAACUGUGAGUCCCUGGUGAAGGACUUCUACUCCAAAAUUGGACUACAGUACCGGGAGAGUAGUUCUGACGAUGAAGAGUCCGGGCCUACAGAAAUCAUUGAGAUUCCUGAUGAAGAUGAUGAUGUCCUCAGUAUUGAUUCAGGUGAUAAUGGGAGUCGAACUCCAAAGGACCAGAAGCUCCGUGAAGCUAUGGCUGCCUUACGAAGGUCGGCUCAAGAUGUCCAGAAAUUCAUGGAUGCUGUUAACAAGAAGAGCAAUUCCCAGGAUCUACAUAAAGGGACCUUGAAUCAAAUGACUGGAGAAUUGAGCAAAGAUGGCGACCUGGUAGUCGGCAUGCGUAUUCUGGGCAAGAAGAGAACUAAGACCUGGCACAAAGGCACCCUGAUUGCCAUCCAGAUGGUUGGGCCAGGAAAGAAAUACAAGGUGAAAUUUGACAACAAAGGAAAGAGUCUAUUAUCGGGAAACCAUAUCGCUUAUGACUACCAUCCUCUCGCUGAAAAGCUGUAUGUGGGCAGUCGAGUAGUGGCCAGAUACAAAGAUGGCAAUCAGGUCUGGCUCUAUGCUGGCAUCGUAGCGGAAACACCAAACAUCAAAAACAAGCUCAGGUUUCUCAUUUUCUUUGACGAUGGCUAUGCUUCUUACGUCACACAGCCAGAACUGUACCCCAUUUGCCGUCCAUUGAAGAAGACGUGGGAGGACAUCGAAGACAUCUCCUGCAGAGACUUCAUCGAGGAGUACAUCACCGCCUACCCUAACCGGCCCAUGGUGCUGCUCAAGAGCGGGCAGCUCAUCAAGACCGAGUGGGAGGGCACCUGGUGGAAGUCCCGCGUGGAGGAAGUGGACGGAAGCCUGGUCCGGAUCCUCUUCCUGGAUGACAAAAGGUGUGAGUGGAUCUAUCGAGGCUCUACACGUCUAGAACCCAUGUUCAGCAUGAAGACAUCAUCGGCUUCUGCCCUAGAGAAGAAGCAAGGGGGGCAGCUCAGGACACGUCCAAAUAUGGGUGCUGUGAGGAGCAAAGGCCCUGUGGUACAAUAUACCCAAGACCUUACUGGUCCUGGCUCUCAGUUCAAGCUAGUGGAGUCCCCACAGCCCACAGCUCCACUUGCCCCGGCGGCCUUGCUCACUCUAGCCACUCCACCGGCCGCACCGCCACCACCUCAGUCCCAAGAAGGUGACAAUGAAUCCUUGGAAAGCCAACUUGCCCAAUCACGGAAGCAGGUAGCGAAAAAGAGCACGUCGUUCCGGCCAGGAUCUGUGGGCUCUGGUCACUCCUCCCCUCCUUCUCCUGCACUCAGUGAGAACAUCCUUGGUGGGAAACCUGGGAUCAGUCAGACAUACAGGUCACCUCUUGGCACCGCACCUUCUAUCCCAGCAAUCCCCGCCCCGGCAGCACCUACAGUCCCUGGAGGCCCCCCAGGGAUACUAGGAACUCUCGCAGCCCCUGCCUUCCAUGGCAUGUUGGACCGGGCCCCCUCCGAGCCCCCCUACCGGGCCCCCAUGGAGAAACUCUUCUACUUACCUCACGUCUGCAGCUACACUUGCCUGUCUCGAAUCCGCCCCAUGAGGAAGGAGCAGUACCGGGGCAAGAACCCCCUGCUGGUCCCCCUGCUCUAUGACUUCCGGCGGAUGACAGCGAGGCGCCGCGUGAACCGCAAGAUGGGCUUCCACGUCAUCUACAAGACCCCCUGCGGCCUCUGCCUCCGGUCCAUGCAGGAGAUCGAGCGCUACCUCUUCGAGACCGGCUGUGACUUCCUCUUCCUGGAGAUGUUCUGCCUGGACCCCUAUGUCCUGGUCGACCGCAAGUUUCAGCCCUAUAAGCCUUUCUACUACAUUCUGGACAUCACUUACGGAAAGGAAGAUGUCCCCCUGUCCUGCGUCAACGAGAUCGACUCCACGCCCCCGCCCCAAGUGGCCUACAGCAAGGAGCGCAUUCCCGGCAAGGGCGUUUUCAUCAACACGGGCCCCGAGUUUCUGGUGGGCUGUGACUGCAAAGACGGGUGCCGCGACAAGUCCAAAUGUGCCUGCCACCAGCUAACUGUCCAGGCUACAGCCUGCACCCCGGGGGGCCAAGUUAACCCCAAUUCUGGUUACCAAUACAAGAGACUGGAAGAGUGUCUGCCGACAGGAGUUUAUGAGUGCAACAAGCGCUGCAACUGCGAUCCAAACAUAUGCACAAACCGACUGGUGCAGCAUGGACUGCAGGUCCGGCUGCAGCUGUUCAAGACGCAGAACAAGGGCUGGGGGAUCCGCUGCCUGGAUGACAUCGCGAAAGGCUCCUUUGUCUGUAUUUAUGCAGGUAAAAUCCUCACGGAUGACUUUGCUGACAAGGAGGGGCCUGGAAAUGGAGGUGAUGAAUACUUCGCCAACCUGGACCAUAUCGAGAGCGUAGAGAACUUCAAGGAAGGCUACGAGAGCGAUGCCCCCUGCUCCUCGGACAGCAGCGGGGUCGACUUAAAGGACCAGGAGGAUGGCAAUAGUGGCACGGAGGAUCCCGAAGAGUCCAACGAUGAUAGCUCAGAUGAUAACUUCUGUAAGGACGAAGAUUUCAGCACCAGCUCGGUGUGGCGCAGCUACGCCACCCGGCGCCAGACCCGAGGCCAGAAGGAAAACGGAUCGUCAGAGACGAUGUCCAAGGACUCCCGUCCCCCAGACCUUGGUCCCCCGCAUAUCCCCAUCCCUUCCGCAGUUCCUGCAGGUGGCUGCAAGCCACCUUCUUCCGAAGACACUCCGAAGAACAAGGUGGCCUCGUGGCUGAGCUGCAACAAUGUCAGUGAAAGUGGCUUCGGUGACUCUGACAGCCGGUCAUCCUUUAAGACCAGUGAAGGCGGGGGAGGUAAAGGGGAGGCAGAGAAAGUCUUCAAGGAUGACGGAGACCUCAAGCCAUUCAAGAAAGAGGUAAGCCAGCAGACCCCCGAUGACCGAAGCAAGAUGUCUUUAGUUACUGAGAACUCUAGAAAUUAUGGUUAUAAUCCUGCUCCGCUGAAGACCGAAGGACUGCGCCGUCCACCUAGUAAGACGAGCCUGCACCAGAGCCGAAGGCUCCUGGCCUCUGCUCGGUCUCACCCAGAUGACGUUCUGACACUUUCCAGCAGCACAGAAAGUGAGGGUGAGAGUGGAACCAGCCGAAAACAGAUUACUGGCCAGACCUCAGCCACUGCGGUGGACAGCGAUGACAUCCAGACCAUCUCCUCUGGGUCCGAAGGGGAGGACUUUGAGGACAAGAAGAACAUGUCCGGCCAGACAAAGCGCCAAGUGGCGGUGAAGUCAACCCGGGGUUUCGCUCUGAAGUCAACCCACGGGAUCGCCAUCAAAUCAACCAACCUGGCAUCUGCGGAGAAGGGGGAGAGCACCCCUGUUCGCAAGAACACGCGCCAGUUCUACGACGGCGAGGAAUCUUGCUACAUCAUCGACGCCAAGCUUGAGGGCAACCUGGGCCGCUACCUCAACCAUAGUUGCAGCCCUAACCUGUUUGUCCAGAACGUCUUCGUGGAUACCCAUGAUCUUCGCUUCCCCUGGGUGGCCUUCUUUGCCAGCAAGAGAAUUCGAGCUGGCACAGAACUUACGUGGGACUACAACUACGAGGUGGGCAGUGUGGAGGGCAAGGAGCUGCUCUGCUGCUGUGGGGCCAUCGAGUGCAGAGGACGGCUUCUCUAGGGGCCCACCUCCUUCCAGGUCUUCCUCUACCCCCCCAGAACUGUCCUUUCCUCAGGAAUUGGGUCUUCCUGUCUCCAGUCACGCUACUUGCCUAGUGCCAGUAGCGAGGACAGGAGACCUCUUCCAGUGUGGUGCUAGAAGGCGAGUCCUU